AUAUAUAUUUCAAAAAGCCACGCCACAUAUGACAUAAGUUCAAGUCUGAUUAGGUUUCCCUGUUGUACGAAGGCGAAGGUUCCUUCAUUAACGUUAAAUUCCCCAAACCCCAAUCUGUGAACACAGUCUUCAUUAACAAGGAACAGCGUCAAAUUCCCCAACCCUAAUUUGUGAACAUAGUCCUACUUCUUUCGUCUACUUCGUUCACCCCGAUCCCUCGGUGUAUUUUCGGAUCAAUUGAAGCGCAAUUAUCAAUUUCGAGCACAUCAAUUUCCAGAUUGCAAAGAAUCGCAUCGGAGUUGUGGUUAGCGUCAUUAACCAUGGCGAGGCAUAUUCCUGGGAAUAUUCCUUCUCGUCGUGAUGUUCUAGAAGAAGCAACUACCAUACCUAUUUCUUUCAAACCUAAAUGGUACUUCACUAAAGAAGAAAUAGACGAACAUUCGCCGUCGAGAAAAGACGGGAUCGAUCGUGAAUCUGAAUCGAAGUUGAGGCACUUAUACUGUUCCCAUUUACAAGAACUUGGCAUGCAGCUUAAAGUACCUCAAGUUACAAUAGCUACUGCAAUGAUGCUGUGCCAUCGAUUUUAUAUGCACCAGUCCCAUGCAAAGAAUCAUUGGCAGACAAUUGCAAAUGCUAGCAUGUUUUUGGCAUGCAAAGCAGAAGAUACGCCACGUUGGCUAAAAGACAGAGACAUAAUUGUUGUCGCUUAUGAAUUAAUGUACAGCUGGGACCCGUUAGCUCCGCAAAAGAUCAAACAACGGGAAAUUUACGAUAGGCAGAAAGAAUUGAUUUUGCUGGGGGAGCAGCUGAUUUUAGUUACCGUUGCAUUUGAUCUCAAUAUCGAACACCCUUACAAGCCACUUGUCGCCGCAUUAAAGGCGUUGGAAAUUACGCAAAAGGAAGUCUCGAAGGUUGCGUGGAAUUUCGUGAAUGACUGGCUCCGUACAACACUGUGCUUGCAAUACAAACCGCAUUAUAUAGCAGCUGGCUCCGUUUUUCUUGCUGCCAAAUUUAAUAAAAUAAAGUUGCCUUCUUCAAAUGGGAAAGCGUGGUGGAUGCAGUUUGAUGUUUCGCCGAAACAAUUAGAAGUGGUCAUUCAACAAAUGCUUGGGGUAUUAGAACAGGGUAGUGCGAAUAGCAGAGCGAAACCCGUGCCUGUAAAGAGAAAAUCCAUCGGCUCUGGAUUUAGCAAUUCCAGUGGAUCAACGGCCGUGCUAAAUUCAAGCAAUUGUUCGACGGAGACCGCUUCGAAAUCCGCAGUUAUUGUCAAAUGCAGCAAAAAUCAACCGAAAUACGAUGCUAACGACACCGCACAAACAACCGAGAAUUGCGCGAGUGAAUCGUGUAGUGCAAAUAGUGGAGUGGAGGACUGUGAUGCUGAGCCGAUAAACGGGGACUUGGAUCAGAAAUCGGGCUGCAAGAUUAUAUCCGUUACAGAAAAACGUCACAAAAUUGAUAUUAGCAGUAUUAAAGAGAGAUUGAAGAGGAGGAAAUUGAAUAGAGUCGAAAAUUUGGAAUCAGGGGAUAGCUCGAAAGUUGAUGAAAUAAACGGCGAUGCUUGGAUCGAAAGAGAGAUAGAAAACGGCAUCUGUUAAUUUUAUCGGAAUUCGAAAAAGAAAUCGGAAUUAACAUGGAUUAAUCGUGGCUCGUGUGACUGCACAGCUUGAGAAACCUUGAGCUGAUGAUUGAUAAAUAUGAUCUACUUCAUUCGUUUUGUUGUGAGUACAAUAUCUGAAUAUUUUCUUUUAUUAUUUUUAAUAUAUUGCAGGUUUUUUUUUUUUU